GAGACGCCAGACAGAGAGCAGCAUUCCUCCGCGCAGUGGAUCCGUAGACCAACACUUUCUGGGAACCCACACGCGACAACAACAGCAACAACAGCAACAACAGCAGCAGCAGCAGCAGCAACAACAGCAACAGCAACAACAACAGCAACAACAAGGACAACAACAAGAAGCUUGGAAAGGCAGGCAUGCUUCGCGUCACGCCCGUGUACGGAAGCCGAUGGGAUCCCUCCGGGGCCGCCCGAUCGGGAUCCUGCACCCUCGUCGAAUACGCCGACGUCCGGGUGCUGGUGGACGUGGGGCUGAGGCACGGGGACAGCGGCAUCAGCAACAACAGCGGCAGCCAGCGACAAGAGAACGAGCACGAAAGCAACAACAACAACAACAACAACAACAAUGUCGUCGAUCCCACACCCAGCGACCACCAAUACUCGUUCUGGGAAAACCUGCCGCCCCACGACUGCCUGGUCCUGACGGAUUCCACCCUGGAAUCCAUGGGGUCCCUCCCGCUCUACGUGGAGGGAUGCCGGAGGGCCGCGGAGCGGCGCCGGAAGGAACUCGGCGGCACGGAGGGCAGCGGGAACCCCAGGGGGGUCCGGCGAUCCUCGCUGUCCAAGAGGACCGGCGGGGAGGACCUCGAGCCACAGCGGCAACAGCGCAGCAGCGAAGGCGGAGGCGGAGGCGAAAACGACCUCGAAAGCCUCCCGCCCAUUUUUGCCACCUUUCCGACCGUCAAGAUGGGGCAGAUGACCCUCUACGACCACCACGCCAACCUCUCGCUGGACGGGGGCCGGCCCCCCUACACCCUCGAGGAAAUGGACCGGGCGGUGGCCAUGCUCCGGACCAUCAAGUACUCCCAGCCCCUGGCCCUGCCCCUCRAGAAACACCGGGCGGCCGGGGAUCCGGGCGGUGCCCCCCGCCUGUCSGUGACGGCCCACCGGGGGGGCCACGUGGUCGGGGGGGCCUUUUACCGCCUGGAGCGCCUCCGGGACAACACGGCGGUGGUMRUCACCGGRAACGCCUACCACAUUGCUAGGGAGCUGCACCUGGACGCCUGYACCCUCCUCCAGAAGGGGACGGGAGCCGACGUCCUCGUCACCCGGCCGGGGGGGCCGGCCUUUCCGCUGGUGAAYRGCCUGUACAGCGCGGGAGCGAGCGUGGCUGCUUUCGGGAGCAGCGGCGGGCCCGGCAGGCCCCUCCGGUCGACCCCCCUCGUCUCCAGGGCCCGGAGGGACCUGACGGARCGGAUCCUGGGGCUCCUGCGCCGGGACGCGAACGUCCUGCUGCCGGURGACGCCAGCGGCCGGGCCCUGGAGCUGGUCCUCCUGCUCAACCGGUUCUGGGCCAGGGAAAACCUGAGCGGGAGCUACAACCUGGUGUGGUUCGGUCCCAUGGUCCACAACACGCUCGAGUUCGGACGGUCMCAGCUGGAGUGGAUGAACUCCCAGCUGGGGAACCACAUCUUCGAGUCCUCUUCGUCCUCCUCCCGCCCCAAGCGGGGCAAGGGGGACGAGGCCAUCGAUCGCGGCAAGCACCCCUACCUCCUCCGGAACGUGUCGCUCUGCACCAACCUGGCCGAGCUGGACAAGGUCCUGGCGGACUCCAACGACAACCCCACGUGCGUCCUGGCCAAYGGCCUCACCCUGGACCACGGCCCGGCCCGGGACCUCUUUCUGCGGUGGGCCGACAACGACAACAACGCGGUGGUCUUUACGGAUUCCAGCCGGUGCCUGGAACGGGCCGCGAAGCAAACGGCCCUUUUCCGGCAGCCGCAACAAGACGACGCCGGGGGGAGGGCCACCGCUGCUUCGGCCGAAGGAACCGCCGCCGCGUCCGGUGGCCCUUCUGCCGGUGGCACYUCCGCCAAGCCCACCGCUCCCGGUGGGGGGGUGGAGGCCGGGGCUCCCCAAGCGGCGGGCAACGAGGCCGGCGACCACGGGGCGGACGAGAUCGAGGACUCCAUGGUGGGGCGGCCGAUCGGCGAGGGCGAGGCCUCUCGGUUCACCGUCGCCUACCAGCUCCUCCGGCACUGGGCCCUGGCCCAGGCCCAGGACCGGGAGAUGGACGACGUGGUGGAGGUCGACGUCCUGGUCCCGCGGCGGACCCCCCUGGCCGGGAACGAGCUGGCGGUCUUUCUGGAGCGCGAGGAGGCCUCCCGCCUGGCCCGCCGCAAGAAGGAGGAAGAGCGGGCCAUGCUCCGGGAGGUCGAGCUGGCCAAGGGCCGGCUGAGGCUGGGCGAGGACAACGGSAGCGGCGGGGCCCAGGGGGCCGGAGGCMCCAGCGGGGACGCCGGCUCCUCGGCGGUUUCGUCGGCCCCCUCCAAGGCGGCCCACCUGCCCUUUUUCCGCAAGAAGAAAUCGCGGUUCGACUCCUCCCUCUUUCUCAAGUUCAGCAAGCCCCUCCACCUGACCUUCGAGCUCCGGGAGGACGCCGUCGGGGUCGGCCAGCAGGACCUGACKGCGAGGUUUGGGAUCGGGGAAUCCCUCGAGCCCGGCGCCGGGGACGUMCUGGAGGACGACUACGGGAUUUCCGUCCGGCACGACCAGUUCCGGGACAUUGUCACGGGGGUCGACCCGUCCAAGUUCGGGGCCCAGAAGGACGAGAUCAGCAAGCGGGGCCUCGGCUACGCGGCGUCKGGGGGAGCUUCCAUUGGCGGCGGAAAAACGUCCUCCAAUGACGGCGAGAMAAGCCGRACCAAGCGCCGCCGCAAGGACGACCUCGGCCUGGACGAGGGCGACGGAGACGGCGGCGACACGGACGACGAGAUGGACGAGCGCGGAAUGGAGUCCAUCGACCUCUCGGAGGGAAACGGGAUCGUCCGGGGGAGRAACGGUCGGCCCCCGACCAAGGUCAGCACGGUCCACCGGCGCAUCGAGGUGGUGGCGGAAAUCGACUACGUUCCCUUCGAGGGCCGCGUCGAUUCCCGKGCCGCCCGCCAGUCGGUCCGCGCCCUGCAGCCCCGGCAGGUGGUGGUCCUGGGGGGCCGCAAAACCGGCGAGCCGGUGGCGAUGGCGACCGAAGACGGUCCCGGGGAUUCCGAGCUGCUGGUGGACGAGGUCCGGGCGCUCGCCGACGCGGCACAGGGAUUCGUGGUCAGCCGAAACGAGCCGGUCCGGACGCCCUCGGACGGCGAGACGGUGGAGCUGAGGGUCGGCCACAACGCCUAUCCGGCGCGAUUGGUGGCAACGCCCUUCCGGACAAAGGAGGARCGACUCGCGGAGGAAUCCGUYCCGGAUCCCAUCGAGCUGGUCGAGACGAAGAUCGGACCCUGCACCGUCAGCAUGCUCGACUUUGUCAUGACGGGGCAGAAGGUGGCCCUGGACGGAUCCAUCGUGAUUGCCCCCAAGAACAAGAAGAAAGCCACGGCGGGCGGGGCGCCGUCSCUGUCCUCGUCCUCGUCCGUUUUUGACCGGGAGCUCGAGCGGCCCCCGGUCUACGUGAGCGAYGGCGAGGUCCUCCUGACGGACCUGMGGACGGAGCUGAUCGCCCAGCACGGGAUGAAGGCCGAGUACAGCGCCCACACCGGGUACUCGCAGCUCGUGGUCAACGGGCGCAUCGUCGUGAAAAAGUGGUCCAACGAAAGCGAAAAGGCCGGGAAGAUCGACGUCGAGGGGCCCCUGUGCGAGGACUUUUUUGCGGUCCGGUCGGUCGUCUGCGGGCAGUACGUCACGCUGUGAUUGCCCCGUGGAUKGCAAAGAAGCUUUUAAAUUACGCAAUUAAAAUUAAUAUUUGACG